AUGGAUGUCAAAACUGUCCAGUUUCAACCUUUCCAGGAUCAGAAGCCCGGCACAUCUGGUCUUCGCAAAAAGGUCACUGUUUUCCAGCAGCCCCAUUACAGCGAGUCGUUCGUCGCCAGCAUCCUCCUUUCAAUUCCUGAAGGGGUCAAAGGAUCCGUUCUCGUGAUUGGCGGCGAUGGCCGCUUUUGGAACCCCCAAGUUAUUCAACUGAUAGCCAAGAUUGGCGCGGCCUACGGCGUCAAGAAGCUCGUCAUCGGGCAGAAUGGUAUCCUGUCCACUCCGGCUGCGAGCCAUGUCAUUCGAUUACGAAAAGCCACAGGCGGUAUCCUCCUCACCGCUAGUCACAACCCAGGCGGCCCCAAAAAUGACUUUGGCAUCAAGUACAACCUGGCCAAUGGUGGCCCAGCCCCUGAGUCGGUCACCAACAAGAUCUUUGAGACGUCCAAAUCUCUCACAUCGUACAAGCUGGCUUCUAUCCCCGAUGUCGACAUUGCCACUCUCGGUCCCAACACCUAUGGCUCCCUCGAAGUGGAAAUCAUCGAUAGCACUGCCGAUUACGUUGCUAUGCUCAAGGACAUCUUUGACUUUGGCGUUAUCAAAGAGUUCUUCACGUCCCAUCCCGACUUCAAGGUUCUCUUUGACGGCCUGCAUGGUGUUACUGGCCCGUAUGGCAAGGCCAUUUUCGAGAAGGAGCUCGGUCUCACAGGGGCUACGCAAAACUGUGAACCUAGCCCCGACUUCAAUGGGGGUCAUCCUGAUCCUAACCUUACCUACGCCCACUCCUUGGUUGAGGUAGUGGAUCAAAAACACAUACCCUUUGGAGCCGCUUCGGAUGGCGAUGGCGAUCGAAACAUGAUAUACGGAGCCAAAGCCUUUGUGUCGCCUGGUGACUCACUGGCCAUUAUUGCUCACCAUGCCAAGCUCAUCCCUUACUUCCAGAAGAAUGGAGUCAAUGGUCUGGCUCGAUCCAUGCCUACCUCUGGCGCUGUUGAUCUCGUCGCCAAAGCUCAGAACCUUGAAUGCUACGAGGUGCCGACAGGCUGGAAGUUCUUCUGCGCUCUUUUUGAUGCCAAGAAGCUGUCUAUUUGUGGCGAGGAAAGCUUUGGAACUGGUAGCGACCACAUUCGUGAGAAGGAUGGUCUUUGGGCCAUUGUUGCGUGGCUCAAUAUUAUCGCCGCCAUUGGCGUUCAGAACCCCGGGGUCACCCCUUCCAUCAAGCAGAUUCAAAAGGACUUCUGGACGCAGUACGGCCGUACCUUCUUCACUCGCUACGACUACGAGGACGUGGAUUCCGACGGUGCCAACAAAGUUGUUGGUGAGCUGGAGAAGCUGGUGGCUGAUUCUAGCUUUGUUGGCAGCAAGAUCAGAGAGCGUACCGUAACCAGGGCCGGGAACUUUUCCUACACCGAUCUGGACGGCUCCGUCUCCUCGAAUCAAGGCCUGUAUGCUUGUUUCUCUUCUGGCAGUCGCAUCGUCGUCCGCCUCUCAGGCACUGGUUCCUCCGGCGCAACGAUUCGUCUCUACAUUGAGCAGCAUAGCAGUGAUCCUUCAACGUACGACAUGGAUGCGCAGGAUUUCCUCAAGGCAGAAGUCAAGUUUGCCACGGAGUUGCUGAAAUUCAAGGAGCAUGUUGGCCGUGACGAGCCUGACGUCAAGACUUGA